CGGUUCCCCAGCAACGGGGAUUCGCAGGCGUUUUGCCUCCGAUGCUGGAGGUGAUAUAUAGCCAUCCUGACGAGUAGCCAUUGAUAACCUGUUCUGCCAUGAAUUUGUCUAGAAGACUCUCUUGUUUUGCAGAUCACGUUUUAGUUGGAAAUCAUGAACUGUUUCCAGUUGCAGCCUUCUGACAUGAAAGGAGAGCUGCCGUGUAACCUUAUGCAUGCUUAUUCAGAAGUUACAUUGCUGUGGAUUAGUAGUGUUUGCGGUCACCGUAUAAUGGAUGGGAGGACAGAUUCCUUGGUGAUGACUGUGCACCUGCUUGCCAGAUCUGGCCAUGCAUUACUCUUGCAGAAGACCCUUGAUCAACUUCAAGAAUGGAUCUGCUUGGACCUACGUCUCUUCCUUGUAUCAGAGCGCACCUCUCCAAUGAAAUAUUAUGAGACCCACCGCCAAAAAAGCGCCAGGUUCCCCGGGACAUCUGUUCUGCUUUUUUUGCAUGAGGACUUUGGGGAAGAACGGAUUUUCCAAGUCCAUGGCUUUUUCCAGCACCCACCGUGGCAGCGUGUUCACAUUGAAAGUGCCAAGAAAGGGCAGCUUUCUCCCUAUGCCCUUCAGGACUUCUAUGGGCUGGACGAGCACAUGCCCGUAUGGGGACUGAGGCAGGUUCAUUAUGGCACAGAAAUUCUGCGUGUCACACUUUACUGUAGUUUUGACAACUAUGAGGAUGCAGUCAGGCUGUAUGAGAUGAUCUUGCAGAGAGAAGCUGCUGUGCAAAAAAGCAGCUUCUGUGCCUUUGUGCUGUACACGACCCAAAGCAUUGCAGUUCAGCUCUGCUUGAAGCAGCUGCCUCUAGGAGUGUGUGUCGACUCAAAGGAGUCUUCGGUGUUGCAGUUCAAGGUGCAUGAAAUUGGGCAGCUGGUUCCACUUCUGCCUAAUCCUUGUGUUCCUAUAAGCAGCACUAGGUGGCAAACAGAAGAUUAUGAAGGGAACAAGAUCUUGCUCCAGGUUCAAGGCAGCUCUAAGCACAAUGGAGACCGGGUUUCAUCUUCCAGUUGCCACCACAGUGCACCUGAGAACAGUGCCCCCAUCUCCUGCUCUAGUCCAUCCCCAGUAGCCACCACAAGAACUGUGGUGCAGCAGAAAACACGGACACUUCGAGCCAUGAAGAAUAAAAACAAAUCCACACGAGGCAUGGCGCAUGCUCCGGGAAGCCUCGGCAGUCCCUCACAAAGCAAUUUUUGCUCUUCUUCCCAGCCUUGUAGCCCUGCAGGUUCUUCUCUGCAGGACCUAAGCUCUUCCCAGGUGAACCUGGGCACUAAGUGGAGAUAUUCUAGCCAUGAACUCUGGCUGAGCCAGGAGGAGGAGGAGACUAAUGUUGAUACAGGCAACAGAGUGGCAUCUUCCGAAUGCAGUAACUCUCCACUAAAUAGGUUUUCAAAGGACUUGCAAAAUGGACUUUUCCAACCCCAGGCACCAUGCUGCUCAUUUACGGGAGCUCACUCCAAAAUCCACUUGCACUCAGAGAACAGAAGCACUCCAUCACUGCAUAUUGCCAAAAGCUGUACAGAAGUAGAACAGAGACAGUCAAGUUUUCACUUGAGAACCUCAGGAGCAAGCCAUGGAGAGGAAGAGGAAUUUUUUAUAUGACUUUAAGUACAAGAAUUUUACUAGCUUGAUUUUUCAGUGCCUUAUUUCCGAAAAUAAUAGAGUGAACAAUCUGUAUGCUGCACAAUGGCUUUGUCUUUGUGUAGAUACCCCAGCUGUCUAUACUACCUUUUAAAAAGAAAACUUAAACGUAGUUUGCAGAAGUGUUUAUGGACUUAUCUAAUGCGAGGAAGAGGAAGAUUGUGAGAAACCUGACAUACUGGAGGAUUAUUGUGCAAUAGACUGAAAGAAGCCAUUCAUUUAAUGCUUCAUAAGUUAAUGACAUUGCAUUAGAAACCGGCGAGAGAAAACUAGUUCCCUUAUAAAACAUUCUUUAAAGGCUGCAUGUUGCAACCAGCUUAUGGCACAAUAGUUUAUAUUCUAGAGAGAUGUCAAGUGCUUUGUUGUGCAGCUGAAGUACAUGUGUCCAGACUACAGCAUCCAUCUAAAGGGCACAAUCAUAUGCAUGGUUAGGCCAAUAAAAGUUACACAGUUCCCAGCAUUCCCCAGUGAACAUGAUUGCCUGAAGAAUGUUGAGAAUUGUAAGAAUUCUUUCUCUCUCCACAUGCAUAGGAUUACAUGUUUAAGAGGCCUAUAUUGCUAGUUGAGUUCCACUGUAUUGUAGUAUUUCUCUUUCUGAGGAAGCACAUACUUUAAUGGGAUUAUGAGCUUGCAAUAUUAACAAUGCCAUAGUCUUCUAAGAUGUGGUGUUUUGGAAUUUAAUAGCCUUAGAAGACUAUAUAAACUUUCUAUCACACAAUGCAAGCUGGUGGAUGCUUUGGCUUAAAGUUAGGAUUGCUAGAAUAGCUGUGGAUUCGGUGGUUUAUCUGGUGAAUCCCUCAUUGCUAGCGUUUCCUUUUUCCAUAUUAAACUCUGAUUUUUGCUUAAUUCUUUCAGAGCGCUAGCGUAGAAAUGAUUGUUGCUUCACAUAGUGUUUAGGUACAGAAUAGGCAGUGUUACUCUCAUCAAACUGAGUUUGAGAAUUCUUAUCAAUGCAGGUGCCUCCUCCCCAGUUUCCCUCCCUAUACUACCUAUUUAAACAUUUUGGAUGGAACUGUUACACAUGAAUAUUAGAAGCACAAUGCUGCUUGUACAAGCAAGUAUCCCCAGGUUUACAUUUCUUUGUGCUGCUGCUCUGGCUGCAGAAUAACAGGUUAUCUCUACCUGUUCUGACCAGGCUAAUGUCACUUGAUAGGCAGGCCUAGAGCACAGUGAAAUGUACACCCAAACCUAUCCCUUUCUCAUGUGUGCCAGAGAAAGAAUGGAAUGGAUAUGCUCUGGGAAGGUAGAGGUACACUCAGGAACAUUAAAGUAUGCAGGUAUGUGACCACAUGGCACCUGGUGAAAUGUAUGGUAUAUUUAUCUGUUUGAAUGGGUUAGGUGAGGCUGGGUUUGGGAUCUCUACAACCACCAUAGUGGGUCAGUGCUUCUGUUGCUGUUUAUAAUUAGAAGCAUCUGGUUGUUUCAUCUUUGUUGAAAAGAUCUCAGUUAGUAGUGCUGGAAAAAGUGCUCACUUGAAAUUUUAGAGACCUGCUGCCUGUCAAACUACUGAGCUAAAAGUACCACCUAUAUUGGACUUUUCAAACCUGGUGGCCUCUUCAGUUUUUGGAAAGCAGCUCCCAGAAUUCCUUUGCAUUGACCAUUCUUGCUGGAGCAGAUGGGGGCUGACGUUCAAAACAUCUAGAGGUUUCCUUGUUGGGGAAAGCUGGCCUAUGUAUACUGAGCAUGCAGAUGUGUAUUUGUUUUUAUGUAACAUUGCAAUGUAAGAUUUGGGCUUUAAUUUGGGUGUAUCGUUAGCCACUUUGAGUGCCAAUUUAUGAUGGAAUGACAAGAAGUUAAAUAAAUACAGUGGUACCUUG